AGUGCAAGCGAAGAGCGAAGAGUUUGCAAAACGUUUGUUGUUGUUCGCGAGCCAAUCCAAUAACUAUACUAUGGGAUUUUAGUUUACCGUUUUUAUGGCAGCGCUUGGCACGCGAAUAUAAAACCGAUCGCAGUUUAAAAACAAAAAACACUUGAAAACCAGUGGUUGAAAAACAAGCCAAGUGAAGUCCAGUGAAGACCGCUUUACCAUUGUUGUUAUUAUUUUUUAACUUUUUUUUAACCGCUGUGCGGGAGUGCGUGGUGUGAUUAAAGUUGUGGAGGAGUGAAUAAGAAAAAGGGGCAAUGACAACGUCGACAAUUAAGCCAACGGGCGGUGAAGAAGUACCGCCGGCGGGGGUGGUGGGCGGAGUGGGUGGCGUCGGGGAUGUGGGAGUGGCCUCAAGCCUGUCCAAACGCGAUUCCGAGGAGGAUACUUGGGCCUCCAAGGGGUAUAACUAUAUAAAUCCGUUCGUCCACCGCAUCGAAAUCGACAGUCACAUUGAGGUGGCCAAGAUAUAUGUGCUGACAGUUCUUCUGUUGCCAAUUCGCGUGGUGGGCUGUGUGCUCUCCCUGAUUUCCGCGUGGAUGUUCGCCUGCAUCGGACUCUAUGGCAUGUCCCUGGACGAUCUCAAGGAGAAACCCCUCACCGGAUGGCGGAAACAAAUGCAAUACAUGACGGCCUGUGGCAUGCGAAUGGUUUACACCUUCGGCUCGUUCCACUACGUGACCAUGAAGGGUCGAGCAGCGACGUCGAAGGAGGCACCAAUUUUGGUGGUGGCGCCGCACUCCUCCUACGUGGACUCCAUCCUGGUCGUGGCCAGUGGCCCGCCCUCGAUAGUGGCCAAGCGGGAGACGGCGGACAUCCCGCUGCUCGGCCGCAUCAUCAACUACGCCCAGCCCAUCUACGUGCAGCGCGAGGAUCCCAAUUCGCGGCAGAACACCAUCCGGGACAUUGUGGACCGUGCCCGCUCCACGGAGGACUGGCCCCAGGUGGUCAUCUUCGCCGAGGGCACCUGCACCAAUCGCAGCGCUCUGAUCAAGUUCAAGCCGGGCGCCUUUUAUCCGGGCGUUCCCGUGCAACCGGUCCUCCUCAAGUAUCCAAACAAGUACGACACCUUCACCUGGACCUGGGACGGACCUGGAGUGUUACGUCUGCUCUGGCUGACAAUGACGCAGUUUUACAACCGCUGCGAGAUCGAGUACCUUCCCGUUUACACGCCAUCGGCGGACGAGGUGGCCGAUGCCAAUCUUUAUGCCAACAAUGUGCGCGAGGUGAUGGCCAAGGCUCUAGGAGUGCCAACCUCGGAUUACUCGUUCGAGGACGUUAUUGUGAUGAGCAGGGCCCGCGACAUGAAGAUCCCCUUCCCCGGUGAUAUCGUGGAGAUCGAGAGGACCAUCGAGAAGCUUGGCCUGAUCGAGAGCCAGCGGGACUCAGAGCUUUGCAAGGGCUUCCUCCGGGUGUCCAACUCGGACAGACUGGACAUCAUAACGUUUGGUGAGCUGCUCCAAGUGGAUCUCAAGAACACCAAUCUGCACAAGCUGUUUGCCCUGCUCGAUCACCGCCGCAUGGGCUCAGUGAGUUUGAAGAGCUUCCUGCUUUGCUCCCUCUUCUGCAAAUUGAAGAACUCCGAUCUGUUGACCUUCCUGCGUGCCCUGAUCCACCUCUAUAGCGAAUCUAGUCAGCAAAUCGACAGAGAAAGCUUCGUGCGCUUGAUGAGGCACGCUGGCGGCAAGAUAAAUGAACAGAAGGCCCAGGCGCUCUUCUAUGCGCUGGAUACCGACAACCUGGGCUAUAUCUCCUUCGAUUCCUUUGUGGAGCAUACGGAGAAGCAGAAAUCGACCUACAAAUUCCUGUAUCACAAAUCGGAACACAUAAGGCGACAGAAAGCAGUCACAACGCCCGCCAACUGAAGCGAAAGCAACUUUUUUGGUUUCAAAAUAUAUAUUAUAUAUGAAAUGAAUUUGGAGAGAUCCUGGAAGACGAGGGGUAACCGAAGAAAAACAAAUCAAGAAAGAAUCAAGAAAGAAUCAAACCCAACCUAAGCAGAAAGUUCAACUGUUGAGUGUAUAUUUUUAAUAUUUAUUUAUCGUGUAGCGCGUGUCCUGGCACCCAUUUAUUGUAAUUAAUAUUAUUUCUAUUAUUAUUACCAUAGUUUCUUGUGAACGAACAAUGCUCACAGCACAGAGAUCCGGAUCUUGAUUGCGACCAGCUUUGUUAUUAUUUAUACUCGGACUCUGAACGCAAGUCAUUUCAUCUUUGUGAUUCUUAUUAUACACACCUACGUUAUAUAUAUACACCUAAAUCUAGAGCAUAUAUUAACAAGUAUGUAUCUUAUGUAGAGGCAGGCAGAGCAACCAUCAAGCCCUUGAAUAUUAAACUAUAUUCCCUACUUCCACGGCCAAAAAGAAAGCAAAGAAUCGUAUGGCAAGCCAUAGGUAUAAGACAUAACAAUAACAGCAGACCCAGAAGACCCAGCCAAUGAAGCUCUCCUUUGAUCCCACUCACAGAACAAAUAAAACAAAGUCCACCAAGUCCACAUAGAACAAUGGAACUGCGAUCGGGAACGAUCAUAACCACCACUAACCAACUAACCAACCAAAAAAACUGAUAAACUGAACAACCACCACCAAGCACACUAAAUGAACACGUUGUGUUAAACCAUCUGUAAUCGAUCAAACGAUCUGUUUCUCAUUCGAUGAAGUAUGAAAACAUCAAAGUCACAACAACUACCAUUAUAAUUGCUUUCUAAAAAGUGUACUCUAUCUCAACUAAAUUUAUAAGAAAUUAUUAAUGUAUGAUCGUAUCGUACUUUAGACUUGCUAACACACACUUGAUUGAUUCAGAUAUUUUACAACUGAAUGGAUUGUACAUUUUAUUUCCACAUGAGAAUAUUUUCCUAACCACUUAAAUUUGACAAUUGUAUAUUAAUCGCUUUCAUCUUUUGUGCAUUCUUUUAACUGUUGCAACAUUUAAUAUUGCUGAAUUUGAAUAUAGUAGGGAUCUCUGAUCUGUUGGCUAUGCAGCCAUCAGUUCCUCAGUUCCUGAGAGCAAAUGAUCAGUCUGAUCAGUUUGGUUAUCGAACAUUUCUUGUGCAUUUGCAACCCACACGGCAAACUUAUCUAGACUUUAGACCAGCACCACCUGGCACGGAGAGCAGAGAUCUAUGUAGAGCACAGCCUGUACUUAAAUCGAACACUUGGGCAAACCCAUUUCACACAGAUUCUGUUCUAUAUAAAGCAUAUAUAUAUAUAUAUAUUUAUUGAGAGACACACGCAAAGAAACACCAGUAAUUGUAAAGAAAACCUGCAAUAGGAACACACAGCUCUUUCGAAAUGAUUGUUUUUUCGAAAGGGCAAACAGGAGAAGUCCUUCGUAGUUUUUACAUUUUGAGAAGAAUUAUAACCCUAAGCAAAACGAUCUAAUUUAUGUGCUAUUGUAAUAGAUAUUAUUAGCGCACUAAGCCAGCACCGAGAGCAAACCCAAAUCGGCUAAGAAUCUGCUCAAAAAAAAAAUAUAUAUAUGUGUGUACGAUUUUAAAGCCA